AUCCUGCCCCCCCCACCCUUCCCCUCACCCUUUUUGUGAACCCUUGUGGUGUUCGUUCCAUCCCCCCCUACCUUUUCGCCCCUACCCUUUUUCAGUUUUCCCUAAUUUUGGAACCCUCAGCUCUGGCGGUCUCGGUACAGGUGCAUUAGACCCGCUUAUGAAAGGCUGUGCAAUUUAACUGCUGAUGUUGCGGCUGCCGCCGCUUUUCUGUUGGCGAACCUGGCUUGAUCUACUACUCUGAUCUGUGGGGCUGUUCAGAGAUGCAAAUACCCUAAUGUAGUAUCUCACAGCCAGUUGUUUGCUUACCUCCGUUUGGCUAGCGACACUUCAGCCUGGGCUUUGUGUGAAAGGAGAGAGCCUGGUCGGGAGAGCAGAGCCAUCCUCCCUGCAACGACAUCGCUCUCCUUCUGGUACCGCCAUCUCUUAAGUGGGGAAGCGAACAUGCCUCUUGCUCUAGCAAAAAGCGGAAAGGAUCAAGAAGACAAAUUAAAUAUGUCAUUUACUCUCAGUGAAAGAGAACUUAACAGCGAGGUCCCUGUAAGAAAACCACUCCCUAACAGAGACAUUGUUCAGGAUGACAAGUUUGAAGAUGCCUACGAAAUUAUCCCCGUGGCAACCACAAUGAACCUAGUCUCUUCCUUGGAAGAGUGUACAACUGCAUUGUACUUGUUUCUGAAUAACAAGUUCUCAGAUGCCAUCAACCUCAUUCACCCGUGGUCUAAAAACAGUAUAUACCACGCCCUAAUGUACAGUAUGCUUAUGGUUGUCAAGGCCAUCCUGACUUUUGAGCCGCAAGAUAUACGGAUUGGGAUGGCUGCCGCGAAGGAAGCUUUGAAAACCUGUAACAACUUCCGAAAAAAGCCAAGGAUAAUGUCCUUAUCUCACAUAGUGAGCAGACAGGGAAUAAACGUCGUUACGGAAGAAGAGCUGCACGCCGAGGUCUGCUACGCGGAGUGUUUGAUCUUAAAAGCUGCCAUAACGUUCAUACAGGAUGACAGUUUGCUUGGUUUUCUUAAAAGUGGGAUAAAUAUUGGGUUAAGUUACCAAAUAUACAAAGACUGUCAACAGGUAGUGACGUACAUGUCUAAGAACCAAAGCAAAUCCCACAGGCACCUGGUGGGAGGAAUCAAAUUUGGACUUGGAGUAUUCAACUUGAUGCUGUCACUUGUUCCACCAAAGACACUUAAGCUUCUCAAUAUUGUUGGGUAUUCUGGUGACAGAGAGGCAGGCUUGGCUUUGCUUCAUGAGAGCACGUCUGAACCCCAUAUCAAUAAUAUUUUAAGUGUUUUGACGCUACUCUUUUAUCACAAUUACAUUUACGUGGCUUUCGGUGUUGAAAAUGUUUCCAAUUCCACUACAGAUAAUCUCCUCCUCACUUACCUCAAGAAGUUUCCAAACUGUGUUGUGCUUAAUUUUUUCCAAGCGCGCCUCAGUAUGUUGAGAGGAAAUUUUGAAAAGGCACUGCUAACAUUACAGUACUGUAUUUAUAUUCAGAAUGAGUGGAAGCAGGUCCAUCACCUCUGUUACUGGGAACUCAUGUGGUGCCACAUCUUCCUGCAGAACUGGAGGCAGGCUUACCACUGCGCCCACCUGUUGUACCUGCACAGCAGGUGGUCCAAGGCCACCUAUGUGUACGGCAAAGCUGUAAUACUGGCUUUGCUUCCUUCUGAUUUUGUGAAGUCAGUGAAAGAGGACAUUAACUCUCUCUUCUUAAACGUGGAUAGCCUGAGAAUCAAAAUUUUAGGCACACCCGUGCCAGUAGAACAGUUCAUUGCCGAGAAAGGUCAGCGCUACGCUACUACUACAGGCUGGUUUACAGCCCAGCCCCUGCUGGAAUUCAUUUACGCCUGGAGCGGAUUCCGAAUCAUGAGCAAGAGGCUAGAGCUUAUUUCAAGCUGGCUCUCAAUCAUCGACAGAGGGAAAAACCUUCUGCAAGCGAAACUAGACGAGGAGUAUGGCACAGACGACCUAACUUUAUUAUAUCUGCUGAAAGGCCUGUGCCUGAAGUACUUGGGCAAAUAUGUGAAGGCGGAGCACUACUUCAACCGUGUUAUUCAGAAGGAGAAAUCGUUAAAAUACGACCACUACUUGGUACCGUACACCUACUACGAACUGGGAAUUCUGUACUACCUGAGAGGAGAUUAUGCCAAUGCAGCGAAAAACCUAGACCACAUAAAGAACUACAAAGACUACCCCAUGGAAGCCCGGUUACACUUCCGGGCUCAUAUAGCCCUGGAGCAAAUAGCCAAAGAAAAGUGAUGCAAACGCAAAGUGUGCUUGUGUUUAAUAUGAGUGGAAUAGCUACAAUCAGAAAGAUAAUAAGCAGGUAGAAAAAUCAUUUCUUUGUGGAAAAAAAAAUUCACAAGGCGCUGUUAAACAUCUGAUCAGUAGCAAGUAAGAAAGGAACUGGCCAUUUCAUCCCCCUUCCCUUUUCCUUGCCUAUAAAACACAUGGCUUAGACUGGUAAA